AUGGCGAACGCCGAGCUCAUGGAGGCGCUGUCUGCAAUGAUCGCGCAAGCCCUCCGAGCUUCCAUCGGAAACGUCGUCGAACAAGUGAACGCAGGACAGCAAGCAGGAGACGCCGCCGCUCCAUCGCCGAAAGUUCCACCGUUCACGAUGCCCCAGUACCGCUUAUCAGAGGAAACGUCCGUCGCCGAUUAUUUCAACCGGUUCGAGUGGGCGCUGCAGCUGAGUCUCAUCCCGGAGGUCCAGUACGCGAACUUUGCCAGAGUCCAUAUGGGAGCAGAGCUCAAUAACGCCUUGAAGUUUCUCGUCACCCCCCGUGAACCUUCCGAGAUUCCCUACACGGAACUGCGCACCACCCUGGAGAACCAUUUCGAUCGCAGACGAAACAAGUUCGUCGAAAGUGUCAAGUUCCGGCACAUCGUGCAGCAGAAAGGUGAGUCCGUCUCGCAGUUCGCCCUUCGGCUGAAGCAGGGUGCCGCCUACUGCGAAUAUGGCGAGUUUCUGGACCGGAUGCUCAUCGAACAGCUUCUGCACGGGCUGGAAGCGCGAGACAUCUGUGAUGAGAUAAUCGCGAAGAGCCCGACAACCUUCAAGGAUGCGUACGACAUCGCGCAUGCCCUGGAAGCCACUCGAAACACUGCUAGAGAGAUCAACAUGGGAACAUCGCCGCCAUAUCCGGAAGCAGCAAACAAGCUUGGCUACGAGAAGCCGAGAACGAAGAAAUCACAACCUCGCCAUCGAUCGCCAUCAUUCCAGCAGAAACAGCACGACAACAAACCGAGGAGUGCGUCAGAAGAAAAGCCGCGGGCUAGAACUUACCCGAACAGUGCCGGUGGGUCGAGCUCGUGCAACGGAUGUGGAGGACAGCACCUGCGGAGUCAGUGUCGGUUCCGCGACGCCAGGUGCAACGUCUGCAACAAGAAGGGCCACAUCGCCAGGGUCUGCCAAUCGGAGAAGUCGAAGUUCCACUCUUCUGCCGAUCAGGUCCAGUCGCGAGAGACACCAGCUUCGGAAGUCGACCUAGUUCAACUGUCUGGGUCGCAAGUGUCCCGGUGCAAGUGUCCGUCGGAUCCACAACGCGCAAGCCGAACCUCUACGUCGUUUCCGGAGAAUCCGACUCUCUCUUCGGGCGCGAAUGGAUCGCACACUUUGUGGAGCAGAUCAACAUGA